AAUGUUAGCCGACUUUGGUGUAUUUGUGCCCAUUGGCUCUGGAAUAUGCAGAAAAUGUAAUGGAGAAUACUUGAAAGCAUAUACAUCAUGUACAGAAAAAAAGGAUAUCAAUGGCAAUUGCAUGGAUAUAGAGAUUGAUGAUCCAAAUGAAGACAAACCUAAUGUUAAUAAAUUUUCAAAAUUAGUGGCUACAACAGAUGAUGAAGAUGAGCAUUGUAACUAUACACUUCGCACGAGAAAGACAAAUUCAUCUACCUUUGAUAAGAAUUUAUACACAUAUUCACAAGACAGUGAGGGGCAAGUUAGUACAGUGUGCAGCAGUCAAGAUUCAAGUUGGAGCCAAGGGGACGAAGCAUUGCCUCUUAAAGAAAUCCAAAUUGCUGAUAUCAACAAGGCUAUUUAUGUUCUAGGUCAAGGUUGUAUCAGUCCACUCAGAUCAAAGCUGAACACAAAUAUAGAUGAAGCAAAAGACAGAACCAUCCGAUACUACAAAAGAAAGGCUGAGGAAACAUCUGAAGCUCUAUAUAAUGCUAUUGCACCUAAACAAGGAACUAAACUAAGGAGAAUUUCUGAUCAGGUUCCAGUAACGAAAGGUGAUGAUGACCUUCUUCAUGUUGUUUCCCAGAUGUGCAAAAGUAUAAAGGAUGCAGAUGUAAAGUGUCAACUUUUGUCUCUUGUUGUGAACCAGUUUUCAAAGACUGAUUUGUUGACAUGGAUUCCUGAGAUAACAAAAUAUCAAAUAGAUAAAGCCAGAAAACAUGCAUUUGUUAAUGGUCCUGGCUCAUGUAUACAAUCUUCAAAGACACAACAACAUAGACAGAGAAUAAACUAUGCCAUGUUACAGCAUGCUGUAGAAUUCUUCAGUGACCCAUCUUUCAACCAAAUAUCAUCUUACACUACCCAUGACCUAAAAUUAGACUCUGGAGAUAUUCUUGUUAUCCCAGAUGUUGUUAGAACAGUCAUCCAUUCAAACUUGAUUAAACUGUAUAAACUCUACUGUGCCGACAAUGAUUUCAAUCCUCUAAGUGACUCAACACUGUAUCAAGUUUUGAAUGCAUGUGAAGCAUCCAAAAGGAAGUGCCUUAAGGGUUUAGACAACAUUGCUGUAGAUGGCACCACAGCAUUUGACAACAUUUUGUCCUUAAUUUCCAAGCUGAACAAAACAGAGGACUGGAAGAGUACAGUUAAGAGCAGACUUUUAAAUAGCCGACUGUACUUAAAAACAGAUUACAAACUGCAUAUAAGAAGAGAAGAUGAAUGUGCCUUCCAUUGCCUGCAGUAUUCAUUAAGUGAUCCAAAAGUUGGUGCCCUUAGUGUUGGAUGUGAACAUUUGCAUCAAAAGGCAUGCGACAGAUGUCUGCUGCUUGGAGAUAUUGUUGAAGAAGUUCGGUUGGCCAUUUUAUCCAGCUGUCCAGAGGAUCAAGAAGCUUUCCUCCAAGACCUGGAAAUAUCAACAAGGCAGAUUGAGGACUGGAGAUCUCACAUCUUGAGAACAAUCAACCAAGAUGAUGCCAGGUUUGAUCUUCUGAACAGCAUACAAGGCAAUGAAGUAAUUAUUAUCAUGGAUUGGGCAAUGAAAUACCUUCCACAGAUGUUUAGGGAAAGAAUGAAAGAUUUCUUUGGUCAAAAAGGGAUGCACUGGCAUGUGUGUGUUGCCAUUUUUAAAGAUGAAGACAACAGUUUAAAGCACAAGACCUUUACUCAUAUAAUGGACCAUGUGAAGCAGGACUUCUUCGCUGUUUUAUCCCUGUUGGAGCACACACUAUCUUCUAUUAAGAAACAGUUACCACAAAUCACAGAGGCAUACCUUAGAUCUGACAACGCUGGUUGUUACCAUUGUGGUCAGCUGUGGCUAGCAAUACCAAGUUUGUCAGAAAGAACAGGGAUACAAAUCAAACGUUAUGAUUAUAGUGAGGCCCAGAGUGGCAAAAGCUACUGUGAUGCUAAAAUUGCCCAUAUGAGACAAAAAAUGAGAAUUUUCUCUGCAGAAGGCCAUAACAUCACUACAGCUAUGCAGAUGAAGGAAGCGAUUGAUAGUGGAGCUGGAGUUAAAGGAGUUUAUACAUCAGUUGUGGAUGUUGAUACAACAAAGCAUCAGCUUAAAACACAUUCUUGGAAAGGUGUAAGCUUUAUCACGAAUGUAGAGUACACAAGUUCUGGAAUAAAAACAUGGAAAGCAUACAGAAUAGGAGAUGGUUGCUUUAUCGACAACAACAAGGUAAAGCAAAUGUUUCGCGGUGAACAACCAGCUACUUGUUUACAGAUCAUCAGUGAUGACUUUCAAGAUCAUGAGUCAUCAGGGCAUAUCAAUCUAAAACAAGGAACAUCAGCAGAAAUUCAUGAACAACAUGUAUCAUCCAACCAAACUGCCUUUGCAAAUGAACAAAGUUCCUCAUCAUCAAACCAAUCAAUAGUCAUAGAACAACAAAUUCCUGAAUCAUCAAAUUGUACUACAGUCUUAGAAGAAUUGGACACUUCAUUACAAGACCAUGAAGGCAAUAAUGUUGACAACGUAUUUUAUUGCCCAGAGUAUGGCUGCACCAAGGCUUAUCAGUCAUUUGAAAAAAUGCAAGAUCAUAUUCUCAUUGGAAAACACUCAAAACAACUAUUAAAUGACUCAACUUAUGACAGAGCUAAAAAGAUAUGGGCUGAAAAAUGUGAAAAUCUUCAGGCUUCUACUCAUGUCACUAUUGAAUCUGAUCCUGGAACCUCUAGCAGCAACAAUUUCAAUAUACCUGCAAUGGGUUGGGCAUUAAAGAAAGAGAAAAAGUAUGUCAGAUUUUCACAGAAUGUGAAAUCAUAUCUUACAGAAUUAUUUAAGAUUGGAGAGGCUAGUGGCAAGAAAGAAAAUCCAGCCGCUGUUGCUAUGAACAUGCGUAACAUGUCAGAAAAUGGAAGUCGAAAGUUUUCCCCCAAUGAAUGGUUACAACCUAGCCAAAUUGCAUCAUUUUUUUCAAGACUUGCUAUGAAUGCAGGAAAGACAAUAAUGUGUAUAGACAGCUGUGAUUUAGAUGCUGGUGACAGUGAUUUAUUGGCCGUGCUGAAUGAAUUAGAGAAUCAAGAAAUCCAUGAAAACUUAAAUUUAUAGUCAAUCACUCUGUUUGUCUGUUUGUAACUAAAUCUUGAAGACAUUUUAUUUCACUGUGACAAAAUUUCAAUGUGAGGGAUAUCAAUCCUUUGGCUUUCAUUGCUCAUACCUCAGUUGACUGAACAUAAAGUUUUGUAAGAAAGUUUAUUGAAAGGUCAUCUAUAAAAUUCAUGUUUUAUGCCCCACCUGUGAUAGACACAUUGGUUUUCUCACUCUAACUUUAUAUAAGUGAAUAGAUCUCUAUGAAAUUGUACCAUAAGGUUAAAUACCACAAAGGAAGGUUGGGAUUGAUUUUGGGGGUUAUGGUACCAACAGUUAAGGAAUUAGGGGUCAAAAAUAAGCAUUUUUGUAACUUCCAGACAUAACUUGUGUAUUAGUAUAUGGAUCUCUCUGACAUUGUACUACAAGGUUCCAUAUCACAAAGGGAAAGCUGGGUUUGAGUUUGUGGGUAAUUGCCCUAAACGUUUAGGAAUUAGGGGCCAAAAAAAACAAGCAUUUUUCUAGUUUCCAGACAAUAACUUGUGUUCAAGUGUAUGGAUCUCUCUGAAAUUGUACUGCAAGGUACCAUACCACAAAGGGAAGGCUGGGAUUGAGUUUGGGGUUGAUGAAUCAUAAGGGGGUUCAAAAAAUUUGGAGGGGGGAUUUUUUUUUUCUUUUUUUAUUCUUUAAAAUUUUCCAUUUUAAAUUGGUUAUUUCUGAUUUAUAUAUAAAAGCAAAUAAUGAUGAUAUUGUUUGAAUAGGUAAAUUAGAUUUUUUAAAGUUCUUAGACCACAUUCAUUCUGUGUCAGAAACCUAUGCUGUGUCAAAUAUUUAGUCACAAUCCAAAUUCAGUGCUGUAUCAAGCUUGAAUGUUGUGUCCAUACUUGGCACUUGCCCCAACUGUUCAGGGUUCGACCUUUGCAGUAGUAUCAAGCUGUGCCCAGCGGAGCAUUUUUUUUCCAAUUUUACUUUUCCUCUAAAGCUUUAGAUACAUAUAUAUAUUGUAGCUUGAUGCAAGGUGUAGUUAGAUUAAAUAAAUUAGAAGGAUGAAAACUACACACCCUCAAUAUAUCAUAACAAUCUGACUAUCUUUUGGAUUAUGGCAUAUGAAAUGUGAAUUUUUUAAAAAGUGAUUUUUGAAAUUUUUUGCCUCCAGUUUGAGCUAUUUAGGCUGUGGGCCUCUAGUUUUUAAUCUUUUAAAUACUCGCACCCAUGUAGACAACUGAUUGUUUAUGUUGCCAUUAACUUAUAAUUCUAACCAAGUUCAUGUUAUUUUGCUGGUCUUCAUUAUAUGAAGCAUUGUAUUGUAAAAUAGCAAAAAAGGGUUCCGAUGAUCCCAUUUUUUUCUGAAAUUUUAGCAGUUAGGCAAUUUGUUGAAGGUCAUUAUAUUAAGGUCAAGGUCAUCAAAAGUUGAAAACAAUUAACAGAAUUGAUAACUGAAGUAUUUGAUUGACAAAUGUUUUGAUUCAGUUUACUUAAGUAAAUAUUUUUUUUAAUUGUCAAUUUCAAGGGUCAAAAUGGUAAUUUGUUGUGCCGUGAAAUUUGAAGUUAUUUUAAUAAACUUUUUUCCGGCAAAAAAUAAAAAAAACACGAUUUUUUUUUUUCAUCAAAAUAUUCAAAAACAGCAUUGUUUUUAAUAUCAAUAAAUGAAAUGUUCCUGUGAAUGUGUUUUUUUUUUAAACCAUUGUUCAAAAAUGUCAAAAAACAGCCUUUUUGGACAAUUUCGCUUUCUCUGAUUAUAUGUUCAACAGAAAACAUUAGUGUUAACAUAGAAAGUAAGAUAGGAGAUGUUCAUGUAUAGAAAUGCAUUCUUAAAUGUAACUUUUUAACAUAUACUUUAGUUGUUUUUGCCAUUUCUUAACUGGAUGUGAUUAUUUUGCAUUAAAAAUAUAGUCAAAUUA